AUGGAAGAAAAUUCUUCUAUAAUUGUAGAAUAUGUCACAUCUGAAGAUGUAUUCUCCGCUCCUUCAUCUCCUCUUUUACCACCUUCUAUUGCAUCAUCCCCUCGAACGCUAGUUCCAUCUUCACCAUCAUCAUUACACUCUAACCAAUCUUUUGAAUCUCAAUCUAAAUUAACCUUUGAUUUAUUUGGUCAACAAAUCCAAAAAUCUCCAAUAAUGACUGAUAAUACUGUAUUUUGUCGACCUCUUCAUUUAGCAAUGAAUCAUUUACCAUGGUUAGAGGUAAUAUUAGAAAUUCGUCCUUCAGAUCCAGUAAAAGAUUCAAAAUAUGAUCCCGUAAAACGAGUAAUUCUAAAUUCUGGUAUAACACUUGGUGAAGUGGCAAAAGCGUUAAAUAAAAGUUGGAAAAAUAUUUUUUCUGAUAAUUGUAAAAUAAGAAAUAGUUUUUCUUCAGUAUCAGAUAAUGAAAGUUGGAGAAAUAUUUUAUCUGAUGGUCUUAAUUUAAGAAGAACUAAAUCCGCUUCAACUUCGGAUGAUGAUGAAGAAUUAAGUGAUCUUGAAUUUGAACAAAAAAAUCAUAAAUUUUUAGAAUGGUUACCAUCUGCUAAUAUUUCUUGGCCAAAAUCGGAUUCUAAUCGAAAGAAUAGAAAAGGUAGUUUUUCCAUGGUUGAAAUGCCAUGGAAUAAACGUCGUGAAAAAGUUCCCGAAUUGGUACCACCGGGUAUAUUGAUUCCUUAUGAUAUGGAAGAAGCUCUAAGUAAUAUGGAGCAUGUCGUUAUUACAAAAACUGAAGAUGAGUGUGUAACAAUUACAAAAGAACAAGAAGCUGAAGAAGAUAGGGAGAAAUUGGGGGCUGAUUUACCACUUUACGAAAAUGUAUUUAAUGAUUCGUUGUUAGAACGAGGUCCAAGUAUAAAAAAGCCUAUGUUCUAUGAAAAUGAG